CAGCAACGUACACGUACCCACUCUUGAUUUUAAUUCAUAAAACAGAAGUUAAGAGAAGAGAUUUCAUCAUUUAUAGUGGGCGUCUGCUCCGAUUUCGUAAUGCUGAUGUGGACUUAUCUCAUUGUUCGAUUUAUUUGAGAAGCUAUUAAUCCGUGGAUUUGGAGGAAGUAGUAAUAUUCUUGCAGUUGAAAUUUCUUGUCCGACCUUUUCACCGCGGCUUCAAUUAUUACAACAAACUGCAAAAAUGCAUAGUUUCAUUUAUUUUGCAUCUUUUUUAUUGUUAGUUUCGGCUAUACCAAAGGAGGAGAAAAUUGACCGAGUUUAUGAUAGAGAUUUGAGUGGAAAAGAACACUUUGAUAAUGAUAUCCACAAUACAGAGUACGACCACGAAGCUUUUCUUGGAGAAGAAGCCAAAUCCUUCGACAAUUUAUCUCCAGAAGAGAGUAAACGAAGAUUGGGUGUGAUCGUUGAUAAAAUUGAUAAAAAUAAAGAUGGUUUUAUAACACGUGAAGAACUGAGAGAUUGGAUUAGAUUCACUGCUAAAAGAUAUAUUGUAGAAGAUACAAACAAUCAGUGGAAAAAGCAUAACCCUGAUGAUGCUCCAAAAUUACCUUGGAAUGCUUACGAAAAGCUGGUUUAUGGUUUUAUGGACUUCUCUAAAGUUGUAAAUAAAGAUGAUGAGAAUUAUUCUUAUAUGGUUAUGAUGAAAAGGGACAAGAGGAGGUGGCAAAUGGCCGACAAAGACGGUGAUGAUGCCCUUGACAAAGAAGAAUUUGGAAAAUUCCUUCAUCCUGAAGAAGAUGAAUAUAUGAAAGACGUUGUCAUUCUAGAAACCAUGGAAGAUAUUGAUACUGAUAAUGAUGGAAAAGUUUCUUUGAAAGAAUAUAUCCGUGAUUUGUACAAGGGUGAAGACAAUGAAGAAGAACCUGAUUGGGUGAAGAGCGAGAAGGAACAAUUCAGCACAUAUAGGGAUAAAGAUGGAGAUGGUUUCUUGGACAUCGAAGAAGUGAAGAGUUGGGUCAUUCCACCAGAUUUUGACCAUGCUGAAGCGGAAGCCAGGCAUCUAAUCUACGAAGCUGAUUAUGAUGCAGAUGAGCAGCUUACCAGAGAAGAAAUUUUGAAUAAAUACGACUUGUUUGUUGGUUCACAAGCAACCGAUUUUGGUGAUGCCUUAGCUAGGCAUGAUGAAUUCUAAUGAACUUUAUGUGUAUUCAAUUUUUGUGUGCAAUUUUUCAUCAGUUCCUUCGUACUUAAGUAUUAACAAUUUGUUAGAUCUAAAGAAUAUUAGUGAAUCUCGUUAUUGCAGAUUAUUGAAUUGAAUUAAUAUAUUGUUGAAUUAUCACUGCUUCAUUGAAUAUUUGUAUGUUUUUACUAUGCAUCUACUUCAUUUUUGUAAUAUUGAAAGUUUGAAAAUUUAAUGAAUUUGUGUGAAUUUUAUAUAUUUUAUACCUAUCAAUUUUUUCGAUAAAGUUUAUCAUUCCCUGGAUCGAAUCUAUUUUUGAUAACUGCUAAAAGCAUUUAUAUUGAAUGAUGGUAACUAACAAUUUUUACUAUGAUAUGUGCCAUAACUUUCUAUUGUUUAAGAAAUUUAAUACAUGUACUGCCAAAUGUUUCCAUUUAAUUUUAAAAAUAAAUCGAUUUUACCGCGA